AUGUUUAGUAUAAUGAAGUCUAAUCUUUCGAAGAGAAAGAACCAGCUAUUAGAGAGUAAAGAAGUAGCAACAGAAGACUUAAGAACUUAUAAGAUAAGACAAGAGGAGAAGGAAAGAGCUAUCUGCAGAGCAAAGAUAUACAUGCUCAUUGGAGUAGCUAUACUGUGCCAUGUGUGGGACAGAGUGCUGACAGUAGAUGGGCUAAGAAAUGUCCAGAUAAAAGCUGCUGCUAUUUCUGAAGAAACAAAAGAAGUCGGCGUAGAUAGUAGAAUAAUGCCAGUGCUAAAAGAAGAAGCCAGAAACAUUGGGUUUAUGCACAGAAAGAGGUUUUUUUCGCCUGAGAUAAAGCUAGACUACUGUAUACCACUUGAAGAGGAUGAUUGUGAGCAUCCUGUUUAUAGGUUUAAGCGAAACUGCAGUCUGGACAAAGUACGUGAUGAUAAUGAGCUUUUAUAUGAAGGUGACUUGCUCAAGUACAAGAAAGAGUACUUUAAUACGCUUCUUAACAUGUUUCCCUCACUAGAUGAAUGUGUGUCCAUAUUGUCAGACGAUCUUGACUCUUUCUAUACAUUUAUUAAUAGUGCUAAUGUAAAAGAGCAUAAGCACAAAAUACUUGCCUCAUUGCUAAUGCUUGCAGAGGGAAAGAGUGUACCACUCUCAUUUAAUAAAAGUUAUGACAGAACAGAGCUCGUUCUGAAGAAGACAAAUAGUGAAGAAGAGCACUUCAGAGUGAGUAUGAAUGUGUUGGUCAAAACUAGCAAAGAAGAAACAGAGUCUACAGAUGUGUUUGAAGAGGUGCUCCAACAAAAGGCAAUUGAAGUUAUAAACUUUUUUAUAGAGAACAGAGAAAAUAAGGUCUUUAUAGAAGAGAAAGAUAGCUCAAAGCCAUCUGACUGUGAUAUGCAUGAGAAGGUUCAGUUUGUAAACAGCCCAGCCUUCCUUAUACAAACCUAUAUACACCACUGCCUAGAAACUACCAAAGAGGCAGUUUUAUUCAUUCACACAGCCUAUUGCUUGCUAGGCGAAUGGAUGCUACAGAAAGAAGAAUCCUCGAGAAAAGAGAAGAUGGAAAACAUUGCAAGAUAUCUAAUAAGUAGGUAUAUAAAGCGGGAAGGAGAAAGAAGAGCUGAGAGGGAUAAUGCUUUUUUCAAAUCCAUAGCGUCAAAAGAGAAUCGCCCAAUUUAUAUAGAGCAGAUAGACAUAACUCAUAUGAAGAAAAGAUCUAUGCGCAAUGAUUAUAUGGAUCACUGCAAAUAUCUUUUAUAUCUAGGUGUAGCUUCAGAUGUUGUUCCUGUCCCAAUAAAGACAAACAAUUUGAGCGCUUCUUCUCCUGCAUCUGGAAUAAAUCCCCUAGAUGGCAAGCAUAUUCAAGAGGAUGCUAAGCCCGCACUAUCGUCUGGAUUUACUGACCCUGCAGAGACAGUGCUUCUAGCCGUCCUAAUGACUAUUGCAUAUGACGCUAAGAAUAAUAUAUACAGAGUUGACCACAUAAAGCAUGCCUCAGACGAGCUGAAAAGCUUUUUCAAGAAAUAUUCGAGCGUGCGUGAGCAAGUAGGAAAGGAAAUGCACGAUGACUGGAACAAAGUAGUGGGGGGCCUUUCCAAUCCAGAAAUACGCUAUAUGCGACCAGAAAGAAAUCAGCUUGCGCUCGGCAUGAUCAACAUGCUGUAUGUUAUUAAAGAGAUAACAGGUUUCAGUGAAACAAAGAAUCUGAAGAUAGAUACGCUUAGAAACUUGAUGGAUAUGGUAGCUGAUGAUGAGAUUAUUAUUAGUAAUUACAAUAAGAUUACAGAUAUGUCUGAGUGUAGCGAAAAGGCGAAUAUUAAAAUGGAUCUCAUAGACAUGCUUAAUAAACAAAUCCAGAGAAUGCAAACAUUUCUUAAAGACAAGCAAAAAUCUCUUAAAGAGAGGCAAACAGUUCUUAGGAAUAAUAUCGUUUGUUCUACAAGUAAGUACAUAGCUAAAUGUAAAUACAGAAAGAAAUGGCUAGAAAAUGAUGUAUUUGAACAUCUGAAUAGAAUUGUUAGGAAUUUUUCAUUCAAUAACAAUAUCGAGUUAUGUCUAUCUGAGCAUAAAUGGGUUAUUAAUGGAGAGUACCGUGAUUUUGAAAAAAAAAUAAAAAUCGAAUAUAAACUAAAUGAGCAUUUGGAAGACGAAUAUCACUAUUCAGUUAGUAUUUCGAUUGGAAUUGGCUCGGAACUGGGAAAAGAUCAUAUCGAGUUAAAUAAAACUAAGCAGGAUAUAUACGAAUCUACAGAAUCGCCUAUUAUAGGGAUGCUUAGUUCCUAUACAGAUAAAGGUAUCAAGACAAGUGAACCCAAAGAAGAGAAUAGGAACCCCUCUACACUGAAUAAACAUGUGGGUCCUACUUUUUUGUAUGGAAAAGAGCACAGGGUUGUUGAUAUUCUCCUGCUUAAUCCUCCAAUCCAUAAUAUGGAUCACAUAAACCAAAAUGUAUGGCUGCUGCUUCUAUAUGGAAUGGAAAAAAAACUUGACAAAAAUCAUCCUUUUUUACGCCUAGCAGAUAACAUCUUGGGCAGUGCUUGCUUUAUGGAUAGUGAGAUUAGAAAUACAAUGUUUAUAUUUCUUAGUCACAUCCCAGUAGAUAAGCAUCAUCCGCUAACAGGAAUAGACAAGAGUAUAGAUGAAAAAUAUAUUCCAUCCACAAUACGUGAAGUAUUAUACUUAGCACAAAGUAUAAAAUCUCUAUCGCAGACAACGUAUGCCAAUAUACUAACUGACUUAAUGAUUAGUUUGCAAAGAAAAUGUAGUAAUGAUAACUACGAAUCCAAUGAUCGUCCUGGAGAACUGUUUUCUACAAUUCGGUGCGAACCUUCGCUUAUCGAGAUUUUAACACUGAAUGGAAUCACUAUGGACUAUAUUACUAAAAUUAUUAAAUCUAUAGGGGGAGUAGAAGCUAACUAUACAGCUAGUGAUUGUAAGAGAUUUGGCAACCGGUCUUUGCUGUGGAUUAUUUACUCCGCAGAAAAAUUUAGAUAUACAGGAUGGUAUAAUAUAGUACAAGGAUGCUAUAACUUAAUUGAUAUAGAAAGCUUCAAAAAUGAUAGUGGCUAUAUUCGUUAUUGUAGUAAAAGGUGGUUUGUAUAUAUGUCAAAUGUGUUUGAAGAAGUAAAAGACAUAGUGUGUGCUGAGAAUGAUAGGGAGAGUAUGAAAAGGUUUUCAACAAUUCAAUCUCAUUUAAUGGAAAACCGUUGGUAA